AAAUAUGUUUUUAAAACAGUACUUAUUUGUAAAUGCAGACAGACUAUGAGCGUUCAAACAAAAGUGUGAUAAUUGGUGAUGUUGACGUCGACAUUAUUUUAAAGGACUCUUCACACAAAGCACGCGAAAACCAAGAAAUUAAAUCAAGAAAAAUAAACUUCAUUGGGGAUAAUGAUAACGAAAUGACAGAAAAAAAUCAACGCAGAAAACAAAAACACUUAAUGAUAAUUGUGACCAAUAACAAAGAGGUUCAUGAAGAUAUGUUAGACAGUGAAAGCUUAUAUUUAGAUCCGGAGAAAGAUUUAACAGAGGGAGAUUUCGAAAAAGAUAGCCUUCGUAGAAAAUAUGGUAAAGCAUGCAUAAAAGUAGCCGUACGAAAAUGUUACAAAACUAUACACUCUGUGAGAAACAUUGUAUGCAAAACACGUUACAGUUGCAAAUCUUCUUUCAAAUCAACUUUCCUGUUUGAAGCAAAAAGAAGUUGUAUUAUUGAAUUUGAUCCGACAACCAACUUAAUUAAAAAACAACGAAAGUUGGAAACGAAUAAUAGAGUACGUAAAAGUAAACGUGAUACUGCCCUUUAUAUAACACAGUGUAUGCCUCAGCUAGUGAAGGAAUAUAUAAGGACGGUACCUAGUAGAUUGAAAAAACCUUCAGGCACCAAAUCGAUACUCAGAGGACGAUCUACGAGGAAGUGUCAUAAAUUAUUGCGAGGGAAAUGUUAUAACGCCUGCAUGUAUUCCCUCCGACAAACAUGUUCGAACGUGGAUUGUUCGAAACAUUUCCAAAAGAUUUUCAAAAAGGAAUGUAAGAGGGAGUGCGCAAGGCAAUAUUUAAUUAUAAGAGAUUCGAGUGAUUCAAGUGUCAGUAAAAUCAGUGACGACAGUGAUUGACCCCAAAUAUAAAAUAAUAAAAUUAU